AAAAAUGCAAUUGGCUGGUAGUUGCCACGGCCAAAGUGCAUCCGGAGUGUCCUCUCUCUCCAUCCAGUGUGUUUGUCACUUGGAGGAGGCAAGCAGCACGUUGUCCCUACAGCGCAGAGAUGGAGAGUUCCAAUGAAGAGAGGAAGGAAGGGAGGCUCACGCUCCUGCUUGCCCUGGCCACCCUGAUCGCCUCCUUCGGCUCCUCCUUCCAAUAUGGGUACAACGUGGCCGUGGUCAACUCCCCGUCAGAGUUCAUGAAGCAGUUUUACAACGACACCUACAGUGACAGAACUGGAGAGCUCAUUGACACCUUCGCUUUGACCUUGCUGUGGUCUGUGACAGUGUCCAUGUUCCCCUUCGGAGGCUUUAUCGGGUCCCUCCUGGUUGGCCCCCUGGUGAAUAAUUUGGGCAGGAAAGGAACCUUGCUGUUCAACAACAUCUUUUCCAUUGUGCCCGCCAUCUUCAUGGGUUGCAGUAGAAUCGCCAAGGCCUUUGAGCUUAUCAUUAUUUCCAGAUUUUUAGUGGGAAUAUGUGCAGGUGUGUCUUCCAACGUGGUCCCUAUGUACUUAGGGGAGCUGGCCUCUAAAAACCUGCGGGGGGCCCUCGGGGUGGUGCCCCAGCUCUUCAUCACUAUCGGCAUCCUUGUAGCCCAGCUGUUUGGUCUUCGGAAUGUCCUCGCCAACGAAGAAGGCUGGCCCAUCCUCCUGGCGCUGACCGCGGUCCCCGCGGUGCUGCAGGUCCUGCUGCUCCCCUUCUUCCCCGAGAGCCCCCGGUACCUGCUGAUUCAGAAGAAAAACGAAGAAGCUGCCAGAAACGCCCUGCGGCGGGUGCGCGGCUGGGACGACGUGGACGAGGAGGUGGAGGAGAUCCGGCGGGAGGACGAGGCGGAGCGGGCGGCGGGCUUCAUCUCGGUGUGGAAGCUGUUCCGCCUCAAGUCCCUGCGCUGGCAGCUCAUCUCCAUCAUCACCCUCAUGGCCGGCCAGCAGCUGUCCGGCGUCAACGCGAUCUACUACUACGCGGACCAGAUCUACCUGAGCGCCGGCGUGGAGGCCACCGACGUCCAGUACGUGACAGCCGGCACCGGGGCCGUCAACGUGUUCAUGACCUUAUGCACUGUGUUCGUGGUGGAGCUCUGGGGCAGGAGGCGUCUGCUGCUCCUGGGCUUCUCCACCUGCUUCAUGGCCUGCGCUGUGCUGACCGUGGCUCUGGCACUGCAGGACACCGUCUCCUGGAUGCCCUAUAUCAGCAUUGCCUGCAUCAUCAUCUAUGUCAUAGGACAUGCCGUUGGGCCCAGUCCCAUCCCUGCGCUGAUCAUCACUGAGAUCUUCCUGCAGUCCUCCAGGCCAGCUGCCUUCAUGAUCGGGGGCAGUGUCCACUGGCUGUCCAACUUCACUGUGGGCUUGGUCUUCCCCUUCAUUCAAGUGGGCCUUGGUGCUUACAGCUUCAUCAUCUUUGCCAUAAUAUGUCUCCUCACCACCAUCUACACCUUCCUGAUCAUCCCCGAGACCAAGUCCAAGACCUUCAUCGAGAUCAAUCAGAUCUUCGCCAAUUUGAACAAGGUGUCGGGAAUCCACCCAGAGAAGGAGGAGCUGAAAACCUUUCCAUCGGACACUUCAAAGCAGCAGUGAAGAGGAGCCCGUGGAGCAGGUCUGCGUGGAGCCUCCUCCCAGGACUUUCCUCUGACUUCUGUUUGCCUGUGACAUCCAGAAAUGGAACGAGCCUGGUGUGGAACGCAGGUCUCAGGCUGACCUCCCCGCCCAGCAGGACAGUCCAGGGGCCUCCAUGCUGUUCUCCCCCCGGGUCACCUCUGCCCAGCCCUGUGUCAGCACACCUGCUGGGUCAGCUGCUGUGGAGCUCUUGGUGAUACAGCUUUUCUAACAAAAAUAGGUACUACAGGGACAGAUGGGAGGAACCCAAUUUUGUCAGUGAAACUCUCUUCUGUGGCCCCACGGACCUCCUGGGGCCACCAGCACUGUGGAAAGCCAAAUUCAUCCUCUGAUCCCACCCUUCUCCUGACUUGCAAAGAGUGGUAUCAAGAAUAAUGACUUAGAGAAAGCUGGAGAAGGGUCCCUGGGGAUAUAUUACCUGAGUUCAAAUUGAUGAUCCUAAAUUAUAUUGCUAGGGGAAAUGGAAUUGCUUCUGUAUAGUUAAUAAAACCGAUCUGAUAACUUUU